AUAAUGUAGGUCCAGACAAUUGAGUUGCUUCGAAAAUGUUGUUUAGUCUUCUUCAAGCUCGACGAUUUGAACUGCGCAGUUGUGUUUGCUGUAGAUUUUGCCAUCGCGCUGUUCGAUUUUUUCAAGGUCAAACGCUAUUGAAAAUUUAUACCCGCGGGGCUUGUCUUGUACUGGAUCGGAGUAUCUGACCGAGUUUGGUAGUGCCGAUGUCGCGACCCAGUCCUGGUCCUAGCUGGACCGUCCUUCCAGAGCCUCCAAACACUUCCCCUGCACCAACACCACGAUCUGACCCUGCCAGUGAUCUCGGCGACGACGAAGAGGAUAACUUUGAUACACCCCCAGGGAAGAGGAAGGCUAUCGAGAGCCCUGUUUCUGUUCCGAGGCCUCAGAAGCUUGCGCGUUUCAAUGAUAAUGGUCAGCGCAUUUCUCGUGCUGAGGUGUCACAUUCUGGUAGACGAACGAAUGGUACUGCUCCUAGUAGUCUAACACAACCUCCUAAAAUCGCCAAGACAUCCCGUUCUUCUUUUUUGUCUCAACCUGCGCGUGUACAGCGCGUGCGUCCUGAGAAAGGCAAGGAUCGCACGUCAAGUGGACAGUCGAGUUCCUCGCUGAGUGAUCAUAUAUCAACCAUGCUUCAGAAGCAGAAUAUGCGGCUCAAACGCGUAGAGACAGCUCGCAAAACAGCUCGCAAGACUACUGGAAGUCGCAGAGUAUCUACUUCAGAUCUUAUUCGUGCAGUACAGAAGCCCAGCAGUGGUUCUGAAGUGUCUUCCGCUGCUACCCGUGUGCGAAGAGGUUCGGUUAGAAGGUUUCCGCGCGGUCGACCACCUCCCAGUUCAGACGUCAUCGAGCUCACCGACUCUUCAGGUUCUGCGAGACGAAGAAGGGCCCGCGGCGACGAUCCCAUUAUUAUCUCGAGCUCAGAUGCGGACACCCCCCCGAGACAGCCCCAACCUUCACAGACGCCAAUUUCCCGCAAAGCAGGCCCCAAACGUCCACCUCCCCCUAAUGCUGAAGUUAUCUGCAUAUCAGACAGUGAUGACGACAAUGUCCCUGCUCCCUCGACAGCAACUGCUGUCCUUCCCAUUCAAGAGCCCAGUACUGCCUUGCCUUCGCCGCCUCCUAUAGUCAUGGAACCAGAAAACGAAAUAAUGGUCGAUCUAGAACAUCAGGCUCCAGAAAACUUGUACUAUGAACUGAUGGAACCUGAAUCCAACUUUGACGAAGAACUAGCAAGAUCAGAACUCCAGCGUCAAACAGAAGAAUUGUUUUCGUACAUUGAUUUGGACCCCCCAGAACCAACUUUCGCUGACCAAAUUGCUAGUCCAAUUGCCCAUGAUGACUGUGAUGUUGCUCAGGACCCACAUGUUCCAGCCCCUGACAUGCUUACCGAUUUCACUCUUCCAUCCUCAGAGCAAGCAACAGGGACCUCUCCAAGUGACACUGUUCCGGUCGAGAUAACCUCUCAACGUAUUGUAGUCGACACUCUUUCUCAUCUAGAGUCCUCAUCAGGCUCCAAAAGUUCAAUGAUUGCCCCAGAAGUUCCGUUCCAGACGCACGCUACCGUGCCCGCCAUAGCUAAACCCUCGAUCGCAUGGAAUUAUACCCUUCCCACCACUAACCCGUUCUUUGCUAGAGCGCUUGCUUUCAACGCAAAAGCGUUGAAAAAAACCUCUACCCCUAGUUGCUCAGGUAUCUAAUGAACCGAACGCAACUGCUUCUUUCGCUGCCCCAGCUGCUUCACCAGCUAUUGUCGGGUCGUCCACAGCAAACAUCCUGCCCAAGCCAUUGGUGUACGAGCAGGCUUCCGAUGCACCCACGGCGAGCAGAAACCCAGUCUCAUCACCCUCGCCCGUUCACUUGCUACCUCGUGACGGUGAUAGGAGCAUUUUGCCACCCCUUGCUGAUGAAGCUGCAGUAGACACGCCCCAACAACUUCCACAAACAGAAUCUCGUCACGAUAUUGGUGCUCCUUCAACCCGCAGCGACCAGUCUUUCACUCGUGAAUCUACUGCCAUGAAGAUCCCUAUCUCCAUGUCAGACAU